CAUUUAUUGGUCGCAGCAGCUGCAUUCAGGGGCAGCCCAGCGAUUUUCUAUAUAACUAAGUGCUCCGUUCAGAGAGACCUCAGCAAGUCACAAGAGGGAAGGAACCCAAAAGUAAACUCCAGAAACUACAAUGCUGCCAUACUCCUGGGACCUGUGGGACAGGCAAGCGGCCGUGAGAGAAACUGAUCCCAAGGGCAUCCAGAGAUCGUGGUCUCAAGGAAGAACAGACCAAGCCCCAGGCAAAGACAUCCCAAAAGCACUCCAUUCUGCAGCCAGCUUUGCCCUUUGGUCCUCAAUGGCAAGAAUCCCAGCUCCCACUACUUUGGCCAUCCUCGUGACUUGCCUCUUCUCUGGGGCACAGGGCCAGACCCCAGAGGCUUUCCAGGCAAGCUCCAACCCCUUCGAGGAGCUCAGCCAGGAGCAGGCUUACAGCCUGGUGCAGCCAAGCCUGUUCCAGGAUGCCAAGGUGCUCAACUACUCAGAAAGUCUUCCCAAGAGCAGUGGGUCGGAGCCACCCCUGCUGCCUGUCUGUGUGAAGCCCGCAGAUAUCAGGCAUAUCUUCAAGUACAUCAACACCAUCGUGUCCUGCACCAUCUUCAUAGUAGGGAUCAUUGGGAACUCCACGCUCCUGAGGAUCAUUUACAAGAACAAGUGCAUGAGGAAUGGGCCGAAUGUUCUCAUUGCUAGCUUGGCGCUUGGAGACCUCCUCUAUAUCCUCAUUGCUCUGCCCAUCAAUGUCUAUAAGCUCUUGGCAAAGGACUGGCCCUUCGGUGUGCAGGUGUGCAAGCUGGUCCCCUUCAUCCAGAAGGCUUCAGUGGGUAUCACGGUCCUCAGCCUUUGUGCCCUCAGCAUUGACAGGUACCGAGCAGUGGCCUCCUGGAGUCGGAUCCAGGGCAUAGGAAUCCCCAUGUGGAAGGCGGUGGAGGUGACGCUGAUCUGGGCAGUGUCCAUUGUGCUUGCAGUCCCUGAAGCCAUAGCCUUUGACAUGGUAGAGAUCAACUACUGGGACCAGGACCUGUGGGUGUGCAUGCUUGCCUCCGAACAGAAAUCCAGCUUCAUGAUGUUCUAUCGUGACGUGAAGGACUGGUGGCUUUUUGGUUUCUACUUCUGCCUCCCCUUGGUAUGCACUGGCAUCUUCUACACCCUCAUGUCGUGUGAAAUGUUGAGCAAGAGAAAUGGCAUGAGAAUCGCUUUGAAUGACCACAUGAAACGGCGUCGGGAGGUGGCCAAGACUGUGUUCUGCCUUGUGGUGAUCUUCGCGCUCUGCUGGCUGCCGCUCCAUCUCAGCCGCAUCCUCAAAAAGACCAUCUAUGAUCAGACAGAUCCCAACAGAUGUGAGCUGCUCAGUUUCCUCCUCGUCAUGGAUUACUUUGGGAUCAACAUGGCCUCUCUCAACUCCUGCAUCAAUCCUGUGGCUCUCUACUUCGUCAGCCAAAAAUUCAAGAACUGCUUCCAGUCCUGCCUGUGCUGCUGGUGCCAGAGACCCACUCUGAGCAUCACACCGACAGAUGAGAAGGGCUCCGUGGGGAAGUGGAAAGCCAGCGGGCAGGAGCUUGGACUGGACCGGAGCAGCUCCCGCUUGAGCAACAAAUACAGCUCUUCCUAAAGCAGAGAGGAAAAGGCACUGUGACAAGAUGGUAGGACACCUCAAAUCCUCUUGCACAGCCAUUUCCUGGCUGGGCGUGAAUUGUUUUUGCCCUCACUUUAUAACCCACCUGGGUAAGAGCUGUAGCAUUACACUGACCCCUGGGGCUAGCUCUAAACACAGCCUCAGGGUUUGCUUGUCCGUCCUCCAAUCCAAGUCACCUCUGCAGGAGGAAGAAGAAUGGGAUCCAGCUCCUAGUAGGAUUUUUCAGUUCCUUGCAGGAUAGCGAAGUGACUUAAAGUGACUUAUGCUCAUCUGUCUUGGGUAGAAACAUGGGGUGAGGAGAUGGGUGUGAAAAGGAAAGUUGAGAUGUGGCCAUUUUGAGAUGGAUGUGGGAUAGGGAGGAGAGGGCAAGGAACCCAAGCAACAGUUUCCAGCUGAAAAAAGCAAAGCAUUGUCCCUUAUGAUCUCCCUCUGCUGGAACAGUUUGUCCCAGGGCAGAGCACCAAGGUAAGACCCAGGCACCAUGUAGGUCUUGUAGACCAUCAAUGACCUGAAAUCUCCCCCAGCCAUGGUAUGGAGGGAUGGGCAGCAACCCAGCUUCACAAUGCAACCAGCCUGACCUGGGGAGCUCUAAAAGACCUCUCCUCUUUACCUGUUCCCAGGAAAUUUUCUCCAGGCUCUCCACUCAGGGAUGGCAUUCACCCUGCCUGUAUAUGGCACAAGAAGGUGCCUGAAUGCAUGGGACAGAACAGCUUAGGAGACCGGAUAUCCUCAGCAGAAGCCAGUGGCAGGCAUCCAUCCAAACCACCUGCUCCAAAUUCCCCCUCCCCAGUUCCUAGACCCCAGCACUUCUUGGCCACAGCUCCGUGACACCAAGGUUCAGGCCAUUUGUAAGGGGGAUGCAGAUCCUGAUUCUCAGGGUCGAGCUAAGGUGGAAAACACAACGGGGAAGGCUUGACCUCAACUGAAGUUGCUGCUGAAGCUAACCAGAAGAGCCUUCACAAAUUUACUAUUUAAAGUGAUCAAUAUCUAAAUGCCUUCUCCAGCAUGACUUUCUAAAAAUCAUGCUUGCACCCCUUGCCAAAACUUCAAGAAAAUCUGUAUGAGAAAGUUUUAAUUAGCAGGUUUUUGAUAAUUUUCCUGUUGUUGUGUUUUUCCUCUCUCUUUUACCCCUUUUUCCUUUCCUCUUUCCCCUUUUUACCUUGUCAUGGGAAAAAAAAAAAAAAAAAGAGAAAAAAAAAAGGGAGAAAAGACUUGUAAAUAAAGCUAAACACUUUCCAGGUGACACUGUAUUUCAGUGAAAGCUAAGCUAAAAACAGCUAAAAACAAGUAUUUUACAAACAAAGCAUAUUUUUGAAAGACAAUUAGGUUUCAGAUCUAAACAGAAGGACUGAGGGAUGUCUAGACCAGUAAGUUUUCCAUCAGGUUACCCACCCACUAGAGUAGAUUUAUUUGUAUCCAUUUCACAGUGCUGAUGCUGUGCUUUGCCUCUGAGCUGCCUGCAUUUUGUUGGAAGACAAAGUCAAUGGAGAAAAUUGAUAGCAAUGAAAAGCUCCAUCUUAGUAGAAGGAUUUUUUAAAUAAUUGUGCUCCUUAGAAAAAUAAUAACCUGAAUUCUAUGUAUUUCUGUAAAGAGUCAACCUUUGUCAUGUUGAAACAAGCAUUCAAAAGCCCUUUUCCAUCCAGGACAGCCCCAGUUAUGUCAGCCUGGGUUCCUCUAGCUCUAUCCAAACCAGCAAUAGGAACAGCCGAGUGCUGCCUGCCACCAGCUGGGCAAUGAUUGUUCUCUUACCUGAACACUGCAUGGGGACUAGCAGAUUUAAACUCAACAGUUCCCAUUCAUUUCAGUGAAGACUGAAGCAUCUGAAUGAUUCCCCAGCAGUGACCUUUGGAAACAGCAUAAGGAGCAGUGCCCCAAAUGUUCAAGAUCCACGAUUCUCUCCUAAGGACAGCCAGGACCUGCUCAGAUUCACAAGACCUACAGCAAUUACAGGCACACAGGGGAAUCUUUUUACCUUGCUUAACCUCCCGGACCCCAAAUAGCUGACAUCCCUCUUUACACUCCACAGCAGAUUUAAUCAUUCCUGCAUUAGCAGCUACACUCAGAUCAACAUUUUCACCUUAUAUGGUUCAAAACCAGUCUCAGAUCUGCACAUGAUUAAUAUUGCAACAAACAGACUGCCAUGAAUUCAUCCCAGCUCUGGACAUUGCUAUCACUUGCUGCAUGGCUGCCUAACACUGACUUUAGCCUCCUUUGCUUUCUUUCCCCUUGUGUUUUCCUCCCAAGUGUCUCCUAUUAAAACCAACAUCAUAAAAUUUAACUAAGUGUGAGAGGGGAGGGAGAGAAGAGAGCUAUCAGCUGCAAACACUAUCCUUUUAAAACUCUUACAGUGUGGUGGCAUUCACUUGGCACUUUCCCAGCUCUCAAAGGUCUCUGUUAGGCUACAACUAAGACCAAACACAUUUCAGCUCAAAGAGAAAGCAACAAACAUCAGAUAAGGAGUGCACAUGCAGCCAGGUUUUAGCUGCACAUAUAAUCGCAGAUGCAAAAACAGCUCUCACCUUUCAAGACCUUUUUAAAGAGUUACUCUCCAUGCCACCAGGGCUGAGCAGUCACAGGAUUGAGCCCAGGUGCAUGAGUCAGGUUCUUGUUUAUUCGCCCCUUUUCCCUUCAGCCAGGCCAAAAUCAAAGCUACUGCAGCCACCUGUAGAGAUGUAGGACCCCAUUGGCAUGGGCAGGAUGAAUCUAUUGCAGCAAACUGAGGCAAAGCAGCCUUACUACGAAAUGCAGGGUUCAGAUGGCGUCCGGACCUAAUGCCUGCGAACACAAACCCGCUGCCAGCCUGCCAGAAACCAAGUCUGUCAAUUUGUAUUUGAAAGAACAAUUUUAUUGAGAAAACCUGACAUUUUACAUCCUCUUAUUCCUCUGUAUGUUAAUAAAACAUGCUGGUGUUUGAAAGGAAAGUCUCUGGGUGUUUCUUAUUAAGCAGCAGGGGGUCUGCAAAGUCUGCUAAAUACUUAAUUGAGAGCCAGCAGGUUCUUUUGGUAACUGCAGACCUCCACUGAAGAGACAGAGGUGUUCCCCCUGGGCAGAGCAAACUGGGAAGGUUCACGCUCCUGCACCCAGCACGGAGCAGAAAGAACUCCUGUUACUUCAUGCCACGUUACAUUCAAUGAAAGGCUUUCCCUUGGCUAGCUGCCAGCAGAUCGGAGCAAGGCUGGGGUUUCAGCAUCGUGCUUUCUAGACUUGCUCACAAGGAGUUGUCUGGGCUUGUGGUUGUCUGCGUUCUUCAGUGGGUUGAAAUGAGGCAAGUUUUGUUGCUUUUUUUUUUAAUGAUGAUAAAAUGAUUCUCUGCUCAUUUGAGGGUGAGCUGUUAAAAAAUGAAGGCUGAUUAUAUUACUUGAACGCAUCCAGAGAGCAAAGAAGCUGGCAAAAGGGCAAAAAGACAUAUCCUGUGAGGAGAGUCUGAGGAUACUUGGGCAGUCCAGUCAGGAGGCCAAGAGGCAACCUCAUUGCUCUCUGUACCUUCCUGUGAGAAACGAGGAGCGAGGCACAAGUCCCUCCUCCCUGGUAAUCAAUGACAGAAUGCAGGGAAAUGGCAGAAAGCUGUGUCAGGGGAGUUUCAGACUGUAUACUAGGAAAAUUUGACCACCCUCAAGGUAAAGAAAUACAGAAAUAGGCCUACUAGCAAGGUGGUUGAUGCCCCAUGACUGUCAUUGUUCAAGAGGCAUUUGGCCUUGGGGCCAGUAACAGAAGGAUUUAGAUCAGAAGAGGGUACUGCCUCUCUCAAAGCCUGAUUUUACACUGCACUGAACUCCUUUGCUCCCCUUGUAGGCUGGAGCCAGACCAGCUCUGUGCAUCAGACUACCUUCACCACCAUAAGUGAUCUGAACAUCCUGGGCAGAAAACAGCGACAUUUGGAGAGGGGAAGAAAUAAAACGGAAGCGUGAAAAGAGCUGCCUUGCAGCUAUCAUUUUCUGUACCCGUGCAAGCUGAACACAGCAACACCUCUGCAGCAUCAAACUUCAUAUACUUUAUUAUUAGACAAAAUACACGCUUGCAUCAAAGUACUUAUAAAAAAAAAAAAAAAAACAACUCUUGACACGCGGAAUU